UCCUCCUUCCCCUCCGAGCUCUGGUGUCGCCCACCCGGACGCGCGUGCUUUGAAGGAGAAAGCGACGUCCGCCAGGCGCUAAGACAUUGGAUCCAACUUGAUCCUGCAGAAGGCAAACUGACCUGAACAGAUCAUGCGAAACAAUCACUCUGAACUUCAGAAUCAGGCCCUGCAGCCUUUACAGUGGCAGAGUGAUCAUAGAGAGGUCCGGGUGACGGUGCGGAGCUCAAGAAUCCAGUCCACUGCCUUUGCUCCUCCACAAACAUUGCUGAGGAAGACCUUGGUGGCCUUCGAUAUUGUGUGUUUACUUGUGGCGUCCGUCCCAUUCUUCAUCUGUGAAUUUGGCCUCGUUUCUCCAGUGCGUCGUGGCUUCUUCUGCAAUGACAGUAGCAUCAGUUACCCACUGCAGCAUCCCGAGACCAUCACCGACACAGUGCUCAUUUCAGCAGGCACCCUGAUCUCCUUCCUAGCAAUCACUAUAGGCGAAAUCUUCCACGUGCAUUACCUGCCUCACAGAUCACGCUCUACAAUCUCCAAUCCUUAUGUGACUGCCCUCUAUAAAGAAAUCGGGGCCUUCCUUUUUGGCUGCUGUGUGGGUCAGUCACUCACUAACAUGGCAAAGGUUGCUGUAGGUCGCCUCCGUCCACAUUUUCUGGCUGUCUGCCAACCUAAUUUCACUCACAUUGUCUGCUCUGCUGGAUACCUGGAGGACUAUAUUUGCACUGGUAGCCGCUCUAAGGAAAAGGAGGCCAGAAAAUCCUUUUACUCUGGCCAUGCCUCCUUUGCCAUGUAUACCAUGAUGUACUUAGUGUUCUACCUGCAGGCCCGAUUCACCUGGCGAGGCGCUCGAUUGCUACGCCCACUGGUCCAAUUUGUGUUACUGAUGCUAGCCAUAUACACAGGGCUGACUCGCGUCUCAGACUAUCAGCACCAUCCAUCUGACGUAAUUGUGGGACUGUUGCAAGGAGCACUUGUAGCCUAUUGGGUGGCUUUCUAUAUUUCCAGCAUGUUUCACUGCAAGCAGCAGCCUCAUCCUGUACCGUCAAGCAUCUUGGACAGUCCCAGCUCAGACCAUCAGACGGAUUGCUAGGAAAGACUCAAAGAUAGGCAGAGACUACUUCUGUUUUGUUAGCUGCAGGACCUCAAACAACUGAGCCAUUGGCUGGGCAUUCACUGCUGUACAAACUGCAUUGGCACAGUGGCACGGUCACAGCCAGGUUGGGGUUCCUUGGAAGCAUUUGAUCACUGUUGUAUCAAUGGCCACCACUACAUCAAUUGCUACAAGCACCAGGAGAAACAGCAAGUGGUGCGCUGAAGAUCUCCCCUUCCUCUGAGUGUUAGGUAGGGCAGCCUAGUUUUCACUGAGAUGGGAAAACAUUAGACCACUCCACACAUCUUCUUGAGCCUCUCUCCUGUUGGAAAACACCAAUGUCCAUGUCCUGUUGGGCUUUCCUUUAGAACACAAAAUCCACUUUUUAAAAACUGGUAUUAUUUAGGAAGACGCGCCCUUCCUCUUCACUGAUAUUGAGAUGAUCUCAUCCCUGAAGUAUUAUUAUGCAGUCAGAUGAUGAUGCUUGGAGAAGGAUAACAACUGUGGAAUAUUUAGCACCUGUGGUUUUAUUUCUACUGCAUUGAAACGCAAUUGAAAGUAUAGGUGGGAAGAAAGUACCUAACCUAACUACUCUAGGCAUCUUCCAAUUAUGUUGGGAUAGCAUCUGCCAGCUGGGCAGCCAAAUCUAAAAAAAUCAAGGUGUUACAGGCCUAACCUAUCUCAUGGGUGCUAGAUUGCAGAAAACUGGUAUAGAAAAAGUCACAAAAGACCUGAUGAGACCUUUCUGUCUUCUAAACCUGAUCUCUUCCACCCCUUAUAAUGUGAAAGAUGUUUUUGUAAUAAAUGGUACUGACAAUCACAUAAUUUAAUGGUUGCAACUGGGUAAAAGUUAGUU